AUGAGUUACAUUCGGUUCGCUCAGGGGAAGCGGCAGCUGCGGGUGAAGAGUGUCCGCUCGUGCUUCCAGGACGUGUUGGAGGGCCGGCUGACGGAGGAGACGUACACGGCGGAGGAGGUGAGAGAUCUGCUGAGCGGCCUGCAGGGGGCGGUCCUGAGCGAGGUGGAGCUUGAGUUGCUGAACUCCGCCCACACCAAUGUGCUCCUCCUCCAGCAGCUCCUCCUCCAGGCCCAGCACUGGCACCUGACCCUCCACACCGACGUCUCUGAGCUGGAGAACCGCCAACUGCUCGAGAGGGUGGCCGAGCUGGAGAGAGGCCAGGACCCCGCCCCUUCCUCCGCCCCCAAGCCACGCCUCACCCCCAUCGAUGGCCCCCCCGCCCAGCUCCUCCACGCCCAGCUCCUCCACGCCGAGAUCGCCCGCCUCCAGGAGGAGAACGACAAGCUGAGGGGGCGGUUCCGAACCCUGGAGGGGCGGGUCACCUCCGCCCUGGAGGACAAGAACCACGCCCAGACCGCCCUCCAGGAGCUCCGCCUGCGGGAGAAGGAGGCCCCGCCCCCGAGGGACGUCACCCAGCUGGAGGACGCCCUGAGCAGCCUGAAGGUGGAGCUGCAGAAGACGGUGGGGGAGCACAGUGCCUCCCAGAGGAAGAUAGAGGAGGAUCUGACCGGCACCAAACACCAGCUCCUCCGGGUGCGGGAACAACUGGCCCUCGCCGAGAGGGAGCUGGACAGGAAGUUCCAGGAGACCGCCGCCUACCGAAACAUGAAGGACAUGCUGAGCAAGAAGAACGAGCAGAUCAAGGAGCUCCGACGGAAGCUGUCCAACUACGAGACGCAGGACUGA